AUGUUCAGCAGUGGAGCCACUGUGAGUUACUAUCGAAUCCAAGAUAAAGGCGACAAUAAGCUGACUGAAGAGAUUUACAAGCUCCAUAUCAAAAAUUUCAUAAGCAUCUUGAGACUUCUUUCGAUAUUUAUCUGCACUUAUUUCGGGAUCGCUUUCAUACUGGGGAUUUACCGAAUUGCAAUUAGCCAGGAUGUAGAUACAUCGAGCAUUCCAAUCAUAAUUGACUGGGUUCUAAGUUUGAUAGUGUCUAUUUUAUGGCUUAUAGUAGCUUAUGGAGGAUUCAAAGCUGUCAAAGUCCAAUCAAGAGGGACAUCUAAAAGGUUUUCUAAAGCUUUACUUGGAUGUGCAGCAAUUUAUGUUGCUUAUUUAGCAUUUCACUAUUUCGCGAAUUUCGACUCAAUUAGAGCACAUUGGGAAACGGCAUAUGGAUUAAAUACAAUUCAGACUAUUGGAUGGAUGAUGACCUAUAUAUUCAUUAUUGCUUUCCUGCAGGGAUUUUUUGUCUUAAAAGCUAGACAAUUUAAUAAAAUCAUCACUCAGUGCAUUUUAGAGUCAUUAAAUGAUAGCAAGGUGUUGAACCAGCCUUUACGAAAAAUUAAUUAA